AUGUCUUUGGCCAACGCUCGCCAGGCCAUUGCUGGCCCCCUCGCGCGUUCUCGUGCUUUUGGCCGCUUCGGUGGUGGCUUUGGCACAGCAGCGUCAUCGCCCUCGUCUGGCCGUCGCGCGCGCGCUGGCUGCCGGCCGCAGUCCAUCGGGCGAUGGGCGCGCAAGGGAUGGGGGGUGAGGGAUACACAAAGCAGCGUCCACGGCCCAUUUUCACCCUCAAUGGCGGCCGCCCGGGUCUCCUCUUGUGCAGCUGACAGGCCGCCACCCGAGAAAGACCGAUGCCUCGCCAUUCCACAGGCGCAGCCGUUGCCCCGGCGCAGGCAAUCAGAGCGCGCGCAUUGCGUUCGCGACUGCUGCUGCCGCCGCACUUACUGA